UGCACAUAGGAAUCUGCCCAUCAUGGAUGCAUAUCGUGAUAAACUUUGAAGAAUUCUAUACCGUUCUCACGCAAAUCGAAGCAGUCCUUAAUUCGCGCCCCCUUUUUGCUAACUCGCUGGACACCCACGAGCCGUCUGCCAUAACGCCCGGACAUUUUCUCAUUGGCAGAGCAUUGGUGGCUAUUCCAGAACCCACGCUCGAAGAUGCCUCCUUGAACCGUUUAACUCGAUGGAAAUAUUUACAGUCCCUCCGAGAACAUUUCUGGAGACGUUGGUCGAUCGAGUACCUUAAUACUCUACAAGCUCGGUCUAAGUGGAUCAAGGGUUCCCCAAAUGUUGUUCCUAAGCUCAUUGUGUUAAUUAAGGAAGACAAUCUUCCUCCUCAAUCAUGGAAGUUGGCCGUACCAUCAUAUUUUUUUCGUUUCAAUGGAGGUGGGAGGAGCCAACAUCACAAAACGCCGAUUCAGACAUCGGAAAUGAAUCAGGUAUAAAAGUAAUGCAUUCUGUACGUAUCAUAUCAGUAAUUUUGUAAAUUUCAAACCGUAAACAUCGCGAAAUAAACAAAUCCAAAGAGAAUCCGGAAUUUUCCUUUCUGCCACCGAAAGAGCACCAUUCGUGUUUCGUCCUCCACUGCUGGAUCUGAGGCAUCCGUUUGCUGCUGUAGCUGAGCCAUCGCAAUACAGUCCACUGACUUGCUGCGCAUCGGAGUGCGCACCCAAGGAAGCAAUUAGUGUUCGUCCCAUCGAAUUGAUCCACAUUUAGACCCCACCCGCGGUAAUCUAUUGUGGACACCAGUUCGACUAGCACACGGACAACCUAUUGCUGUUCCGAAUCGACAACCGUCGUCGUUUUGGAGCACCAUCAAGACAAGCCAUCCAGAUUCCUGAUCCCAUACAUUG